AUGCUCUUCAUUAAACUGGUAUCUCAACUCUUUAAGAAGAUAUCUUCCACCACGUCUUCCAGAGAGGCCGCUGGCAUCAUCGACUUACACUCCAAGCAGUGUCCAGCGAGUUACUGUAGGCCAUGCCAUGAUGGUGACCUCAAUACUACCAUAACGACUGAUAUGGACCCAUCUAAAGUGCGGUCGUCUACAAUGUGCGGUUCUACAUACGAAGAGAGCAGCGUCUGUCCAUUCAAUGAAGAAACACACUUUUGUUGUGAAAGCAAAGCUCGCAGAGAAAUAGGUCAUCUUUGUCAGCGGCUAAAGUGUGUUCCUAAUGAGGACGACCAGCAACGCUCUGUACUUUACAACCAGUUGGGCAAUGCAUACUGCGCCCUAAAGGCGUUCGACACAUCAAAAGAGUUCUUCUACAAAAGUCUUCGCAUAGCAAGGUCGAUGCAUGAUUCUGUGGCUGAAGCAUAUGCAUGUGGACGUCUAGCUGAUGUCCUCAGGAAACAACACUCAUUCAGAGAAGGCAUAUAUCACGCUGCUCGCCAUGUAAGCUUGGCCGAAAAGAACCUGGACGAGGAUUGUAAGUCUUACGGUUACUUCACCUUAGCAUCACAAUACUACUUCCGUGCGAAGUACCACCUCCUGGAAUCGGAUUCAUUUGAGGAAGACAAGGAUUUGGACCAUCGACUAGGCACUUUGAAAAUGGAUUUGGGUCUAUCAACAAUAAUAGAGGAUCUCGAGAACGCCGUGAAAUUCUACACAAUGUGCAGUGAGGGCUUCAGUAAGCUCGGACACGAGCGAAAGUUAGCGACUACUUUUUAUUACAUCGCUGAUGCUUAUUUCCUUCUGGGAGAUUGUAAGAAAGCUCUUCAGUAUUUAUUGAAGGCUAUGAAAAUUGGAGAACAAUUUGAUGAUAAUCAUUUAAAGCAACUUAUUUACUCUAAAUUAAGUAGUACUUAUGUACUUUUGUCUGAGUGCCAACUUGCUAGCAAAUUCAGCAGGGAAGCCGUUAAAGCCAGGAUUCGCAUUAAAGAGGAAAACACUUGCUCAUGUGCUGAGAAAGACUGUGGAUUAUCGCAUGAAAAGCUCCAUGAAGUCUGGACGUCAGCGAAGAGAACCGCGGAUAAUCGAUAUGCGAUCACCUAA